GAGUUGUAUUCGUCGUGUUUUCCUCGAAAAUGGACAAGGUUAAAUUACCUUCUAUAGUAACCUGUAGGCUUUACUUCCUUAUCACAGCAUAUAUAAAUACCGGGAACGCAUGUCAUAUUCGACAGGACAUCCGAAGACAAUCAAGAUGGAUCAUUUUAAACUAGCCAUCCUCGUCAUAACCGUUUUCAUUGGAUUAACCCAUGGUCCUGUUCAUGUAAAUUGUCAAUUUCCACCAGGAUUUGGAGGAUUCCCAGGAUUUCCAGGUCCAUUUGAUGAUGGUGAUGAUGGUGGUGGUGAAGAAAUCUUAGUUGUCCAAGACGAUGGUGGAUUUGGCGGUGGGGGUGGAUUUGGCGGUGGCGGUGGAGGUGGCGGUGGCGGUGGCGGUGGCUUUGGUGGUCUUGGUGCUGGGCUAGGUGCACUUUUAGCAUUACCCCUACUUUUAGCGGCCUUGAGACCAGCAGCAGCAGCUCCAGCAGCAGCAGCUGCUGUUCAAGUUCCUAUUAUUGUUGUUCCGGUUGUUGUGACCACUACGAUGGCUCCUGUAACCACUACUGCUACAGUAACCACUACUGCUACAGUAAUAACUACUGCUGGAGUAACCACUACUGCAACAGUAACCACUACUUCUACAGUAACCACUACUUCUACAGUAACCACUACUUCUACAGUAACCACUACUGCUACAGUAACCACUACUGCUACAGUAACCCCUACUGCUACAGUAACCUCUACUGCUACAGUAACCACUACUGCUACAGUAACCACUACUGCUACAGUUACCACUACUGCUACAGUAACCACUACUGCUACAGUAACCACUACUGCUACAGUAACCACUACUGCUACAGUUACCACUACUGCUACAGUAACCACUACUGCUACAGUAACCACUACUGCUGGAGUAACCACUACUGCUUCAGUAACCACUACUGCUACAGUAACCACUACUGCUAGAGUUACCACUACUGCUACAGUAACCACUACAGCUGGAGUAACCACUACUGCUACAGUUACCACUAUUGCUUUAGUAACCACUACUGCUGGAGUAACCACUACUGCUACAGUAACCACUUCUGCUACAGUAACCAAAACUGCUACAGUAACCACAACUGCUACAGUAACAACUACUGCUACAGUAACCACUACUGCUACAGUAACCACUACUAAUACAGUAACAACUACUGCUACAGUAACCACUACUGCUACAGUAACCACUACUGCUACAGUAACCACUACUGCUACAGUAACCACUACUGCUACAGUAACCACUACUGCUGGAAAUACCACUACUGCUUGA